AUGGCUUUUGUCGUUCUCGAUGAUAAAAUAAGUACAGCCUCGUGCGCCCUCGAGCAAUCCGAAUUUCCUCCUUGCACGCAGCGCCUGAAUUGCCCUCAUUUGCAUGGGUUCCAGCCUCGACGUCCUUCGGAGCAUUUGCCCAUUAGCGAUGAGUUUGCGCUCUCUUUGUACCGAAAGACUGUCACUCUCUGGGAACUCGAAGACCACCCGACUUGUCGUUUCGAGAAAUCCCCAGAUAUCUUGAGUUCAACAGACUUUAGACUCCCCCCCAGCAGCCCCUGGCCGUGGUUAGGGACAAUUAUCAUCGGAAUAUUCACCGUGCGAAUACCAAGUGCGGCAAGAUUCUGCGAAGCUUUGAUCCUCCUCCUCUGCCGAGAUUACAAUACUCGUUACGAAACUUACUGGAUGGCGCUCAUGACAUAUGUUCUGGAAUACAUGGACGAAACGGAUAUAUUUGAUGAGAAAGAUCUGAGAGAUGAGUACAGGCCAUUUUACUGUGCUCUUAAAAAGGGAGAACCCACGGUGUUCGAGCUCCUGGACGAGCUUCGCAAUAACUUGUCUUCGAGCGGUCACCUGCCACAAGAGCACACUUAA